AUGAGUGGAAAUAAACUAUUUAGCGGGGAUAUUCUACCAACAUGGAUUCUUUCAAAACUGAAAAAUAAUUUCAAUAAUAGUGGAAUAGACUUAAUUGAAAUUAAUAAACUCAUAUUUGAAUAUGCAUUUGACUUUAAUACCAUUUUAGAAAUAUCUCGUGUAGAUAAGAGUGGACUAAUUUUUUAUCGUAAUUUCCAAAAAAACUUAUUUAGAUUAAUUACUAAAUUCGAAAUAUUGGGUAAACAAGAAUGGAUAAAAAAUCCAAGUACAUGGCUAAUAUGGCUAUAUAUGGGAGGUAAAAGUGAUAGUGAUUCAACAAAAGAGAACAAUUCAGUAUUAAUUCCACUAGAACCGACAAUAACUAUGGAUAUAUUAUUUAAAAAAAGAGAUAUAUAUCCAAUAUCAUUACAAAAAAAACAAUUAACUGAUCCAAUAGAUAAUACAUUUUUUUUAUCAAUUGAGAUGUCUGCAAUUUCCAUAUCAAAAAGUAGUAGAGUAAAUUCAAAUUUUAAAAAAGAUGAGUUUAUUCAUACUAACAAUAUCAUGGAUGAUAUCACCAAGAAAAAUGAACAAUUUGAAUCUAUAUAUGAUAUGCUCUUAUAUGAUUCUAUUAUAUAUGCCUUUGAAAUGGUAUUUAAUGAUCCUUAUAAAGGUUUAUAUGAUGAUGAAAUUGAAUAUAAAUUGAUUGGUGGUGGUGAUAUAAUUAUUUAUAUAGAUCCUAAUAUUAUAUACAAUAUUUUAAAGCAUAGGAAUUUUGAAGAAAAAAUUGGUUGGAAUGGAUAUUUUUUAAAUGGAAAACUUGAUAGAUAUUCAACAGGAUUUUUACCCAAACUUGUACUAAAAUCACAUGAACUUUGGAAUAGAAGUUAUCGUAUCCAAUUUCCAUUUUUAUUAUUAUUACUUACUUCAACAAUUUCACAGAGAAGGAUAAUACCAACCGAAUUUACUACAUUAUAUCAAGUAGUUAUUUCAUUACUUGAUAAAUAUAAUAAAGAAUCUGUAAAUUCAAUUGAUUUUAUUAAAUUGAUAGAAACUGGUUUAAAAUAUAAAGCACCAUGUAUUAUUUUUUUUCUUGAUUCAUCAUUAUUAAAUUAUGAUUCUUUAGAUGUUGUAAUUAAACAACUUUCAGAUUUUGGAUGCAAUAAAUUAAAUUAUUACUUAGGAACAAAUUUUAUAGAUGAACCAUAUUCUGAGACUAUUGUUAAUUUAAAUUGGUUAUCUGAAGAAUAUAAUGGAACACCAAUAUUUAAAGAAUCAUAUAAUACUAAAUUUAAACCACCUUGGAGAACUUCUAUAGAAUCUUUAAUAUCAAUAUUUCAAAAAAGGGAAACAGAUAUUCUAUCUAAUUAUAAACAACCUUCUAUUUAUAAUAAUUUAGAUGAAUAUUUUAAUUCUGGAGUUAAAAUAGGCAGACAUAGAGCAAGAAUUAUUGAAGAUUUUAAUGAACUUAGUAAUGAAUCACAAAAUGGAUAUAUAACAUUUAAUGAUAAGGAAAUUGAUAAUGUUACUGAUUUAACUUCAUCAUUAAAACUUACAGAAAUAAUAGAUAAUAUUGAACUUGAAACUGAAAUUGAUAGUCCAAGUAUAGUAGCUUCAGGAUUUGUAAUGGGAAUUCCAUGUUUACCAAAGAAUGCUCCAAUUACUUCUCUUGGUUCAAUUUCAGAAAGUUAUCCAUUAGGUGAAAUUAAUACUCAACGUCUAUCAAUCCCUGUAUCUGAAUGUACAGAAAUCUAUACUAUUGAAAGACAAAAUCGAUUUAGUUCUUGUAGAACACAUAGUUCAAUAGCAACAAGUUGGGGUACUCCAGUUCCUAUUACAAGGACAAUCCCACUAGAUGAUGUUUUAGGAAGAAGAAAUGAACAAAUUAGAAGUGAAGAUAAAGAAACUUAUGAUCAAUUGAAUAAUAUAAACUUCUUCAAUCCAAAAAUUAUAUGCAAUAAUGAAAACAAUGAAAACAAUGAAAAUAAUGAAAAUAAUGAAAAUAAUGAAAAUAAUGAAGAUAAUGAAAAUAAUGAAGACAAUGAAUCUUAUAAUAUAAAUGCCUCAUUAUUAGCUCAGGCUACAUUAAAAUCAUGGAAAUAUGUGCAAUAUGAUAUAGAAGAUGAAUUAGAUGAAUUAGAAGAUGAAGCUCAAUAUUAA